AAUAAGUGGAAGGAUAAUUAACUUGUUGACAUUUUUAGUUUGUAGAUAUGGUCUACGAGCUACGCGGCACAAAUAUCGAUUGGGAAUAUAAAGCUUUACGUUCUCGACGUCAUAGUUUGAGUAGUGUAGCCGGAGCUAGCUGGCCAAGGGGUCUCGUUCUUGGAGGAUCAGGAACGAUUGGUACAAUGAAGUAUGAACGUGGAAAUCGUCGGGAUUAUGAUAACUGGGAGCAGCUAGGAAACGUCGGAUGGAGUUGGAAAGAUGUGAUUAAAUAUUUUAAAAAAUCAGAAAACAACAAUGCUUGGCAGUCGAGUAAACUACAUGGUACAAAAGGCUUCUUAUUCGUCGAUAACUAUGAAUCAUUAGAUCCGCUUAAUAGAAUAGUAAUGACAGCAGCCAAUGAGCUAGGAUUUGAAAAUAUAAAUGAUUUGAGUAUAGCGAAGAAUUUAGGUAUAGGAUGGGCUCAAUUCAUGGUGGAAAAUCGUACUCGUUGCAGUUCAGCAAAGGCCUUCCUUAGUACAAUUAGACACCGGAAAAAUCUACACGUAAUGAAACAUGCUUUUGUUACAUCAAUAUCAUUUACUGGUGACAACGUUGCUCGAGGUGUUAACUUCAUAUUAAGAAACAAGCACAGCUUACGAGCAAUGGCUAGGAAGGAAAUAGUUAUAUCAGCAGGUGCAGUGAACACUCCUAAAUUAUUGUUGCUAUCAGGAAUCGGUCGAAAAGUUGAUUUGGCACCAUUCAACAUAAGCCUUCGAGCUAACUUGAACGUUGGGUACAAUUUACAGGACCAUGUGGCCAUUCCACUUUUUUACAAAUUCAGCAAACUGUCCCAAAGCGAUAUCUAUUACAAUUUAGAAAAAGUGCUGAAUCUUUUCGAUUUUGCACUGAAGAAUCGUAGCCAGCCUUUGACGAGUCAUCACAUGGCUGGCCUCACAUUGAAUCUAAACACGCAUAACGCUUCAGGUUCAUUCGCGGAUGCACAAGUGGUGUAUCAGCCGUUCAAAAAAGGCGGAUUCACUUCAUAUUCAAUGCUGCGCAAGAUGGGAUACAAUCACCAGGUUGUAAAAUCAAUACAGCGGAUAGAACAGGAAGCAGAUGUAGUUAUGGCAAUGAUUUGCGUUCUCAAUCCCCAAUCAAGAGGUGUAAUAAAGUUGGUCACCGCUGAUCCAUACCAAGAUCCUGCUAUAAAAGCAGCAUACUUCAACGAAUAUGAAGAUCUGAAAACCCUGGUCCGUGCGAUCAAGAUUCACCAGCAAAUGCUGACUACCAACUCAUUUCGCAAUAGCGGAGCACAACUUCACCGAUUGAAUAUUCCCGCUUGUCAGUUUAUUCAGUAUGCCACUGAUGAGUACUGGGAGUGCUAUAUCAGGCAUGUCUCUGUUAGCAUGUAUCAUCCUGCUGGAACCACUAAAAUGGGGCCUGAUGAUGAUCCGGAGGCGGUGGUAGACUCAAGAUUGAAGGUGAAACAAGUUGCCAAUUUGCGAAUACUUGACGCUAGUAUCAUGCCGAGAAUCGUAAGUGGAGGGCUAACGGCACCAACGAUAAUGAUUGCUGAAAAGGGAGCUGAUAUGGUGAAAGAGGACACAAUUAUAUAACGUUCUAUUAUGUUUUGAAUCUUCAACACAUCGGAUAGGGGGCACGUACUAAUUUAAUUUUAGUCACAAAUCAUGAUGGCUUAAGCUAUUUUCAAUUACAAUACUAAAUUGAAACUGAACCAUGAGCUCUACGGCGAACCCAGUAUCCAGAAGGUAGCUAAAGCCGGAAGGGUACGAUGGGCAGGACAUGUUGCAAGAAUGCCGGACAGCAACCCUGCAGAGAUGGUGUUCGCUUCCGAUCUGGCAGGUACGAGACGGCGUGGAGCGCAGCGAGCGAGAUGGGCAGACCAGGUGCAAAACGACUUGGUGAGCGUAGGGCGUAUCCGAGGAUGGAGAGAUGCGGCCUCGAACCGUGUAUUGUGGCGUCAAAUUGUUGAUUCAGUGUUUUAUGUUUAGAUGUAAACUAAAUAAAUGAAAUGAACUAAAUUGAAACAGAAUAAGUACUAUAUUCUUUGAGAGAUUGUAGAUUGUCGGUUUGCAAUCUAACAUGAUUCGAAUUAAAGUCGAUUGGCAAAACAGUACGGAGCGUGCUAAUGAAUCGGGCCUCAGUCUAGUGGAUGGUCGACUGGUAAAAUGUUGGGUGGAUCCAGUUCAAUCAACUCAAUGAUGUACAUUCGAGGUAACCAGGCAGAUUACAAAAAAUGGAAACGUGUUGGAAACCCUUAACGGCGUGUCAGUACUGUGAAGGCAUUUUUUAAUCAAAUUUAAAAUCGAACAAAUUUGCAUAUUACUAAGAAUGCAUUUGUUGUGUCAUUACAUUACGAAUCUGGAAUUGUAGUACGCGGAGUUAAUAUGAUAGUUGGUAGUCAACAUUCUUCAAGGGCAAUAGCAUCAGAGGAAGUUCUUGUGUCUACAGGUGCAAUCAAUCCCCCACAAUUAUUGAUGUUAUCUGGUAUUGGAACUCAUUGUCCGAACCCGGGGUACAGCUACCGGAUACAGGAAUUGAUUUUAUACCAUAGAUACAUUAUAUAUCUAACAAAUUAUGAUCGUUAUUUGAUGUAUGACUAAUAUUGGCCAUCUCACUAUAAUCAGAAUGCAUUCGAUUGAUUUUAAUACUGUUGAUUCAAGCCUUCUAAAAUAAGGCGC